AUGAUUGACGCGAUCAGACCGUUGGCGGGCCUGCGGCAAAGGAGCAUGGACGACUCCGAGGCGGACCUGGAGGGGAUGGAAGAAGUGGAACCACCUCCGCGGGGGGGGGGGAGGGGGGGGGACGAACCUCCGGGAUCGCAAGGGAUGGACGACUCGGAGGCGGACCUGGGGGGGAUGGAAGAAGCGGAACCUCCACGAGGGAUGGAAAAAGCGGAAGCGCCGCGAGGGAUGGAAGAAGCGGAACUGCCGCGGGGGAUGGUCGAGUCGCCGGGAUUGAGAGGGGUGGUCGACGCCAAGAGGAGUGCAGAUCGGUUGCAGUAUUUGGGCAAGAAGCGCGUGGUGGAGUUCGUCAGGGUGUUCACCGACAUCUCCAGCUGUGAGAGCGUGGUAGCAGAGAUGGGGCUGAUGUUCCGGUUCAUAAUUAGGAAUGAGUGGAGCGCAGAGGAGGAAGAGCAGCUGCUGCGGGCGGAGAACAGCACUCACGUGGACUUCCUUUGCUUCGGCGUGGAUGAGGCAAUGUUCAAUGCCAGCCGCAAGGCGUGA